AACAAAGAUGGAAAGACUUGGGAGACAAAAUAUCUUACCAGCAGCUAUUUUUAAUAUUCUACUGGAAGUCGACCAAGUACCAUCAAUGUACAGUGUGAGUAAGGUGGGUGAAGAACUGUUUAUUACCCUGAAGUGGAAAACAGACCCAAGGACCCCGAAAAUGAUGAGCAGUGAGGUCAACACCCUCUCAGCAAUGAAAGUAGUGAAGAAAAAGACACCAUCUAGAAUAAGGAGAGAUAAACAGAGAAAACAAAAAUGGCUGGAAGAGAGAGAAAUGAGAAGGGCUGUUCCUUUAUCUGAAGAAACCGUAGACACAAGUAAGUUACCUGUGACAGAAGAAAAUAGUUUUUCAAAAAUCAAUAUCCGGACUGAUUUACCAUUCCAAGAGUGUGAAAAUUUGGCUGAUGUUAUAGACUUAUCUGCAACCUCCAAAACAGAACUGCAGCUAUUACAAGCUAAGUGCCAUAAACUUACUAAAGAGAUCUAAAAGAAAGAAUCACAGUUGGACCAGAGCCUAAAAACCAUGCAGAGUUUGGAAAGCACAAUUUCAAAAAUAGAAUUGAGGAUCAAAAUGUUAGAAGAAACAGUGUGCAAAUCUGAAGAAGAUCUGAAAAGAUUCAGCAAUGUUAUAACAAAUCAUGGACUUGGCACCCUUGUGAUAGACAACACCUUGAAAUUUAAAAAGGACAAAACAAUAGAUGACAUCAUACAGAUAUAUCUUACAACUUUCAACACUGCAAAGAACAAUGCCAAACUAUAUUGUGAAAUUUAUGACGAAAAUGAAUUGUUGCAAAAGAAAAUACAAAAACUGAACAAAGAAUUGGGACACAAACAGCAAGGCAAUCACAGAAACUUUUAUCAAAGAGGAAAAGGCAGUAGACAUCUUUAUAAUAAUUAUUAAACCUUGGCUUAUUUAAAAUGAGAAACUGGUAAGAUCUUGUCUUUACCUGGUGUGGUCUCUCUUUUCUUAAAUCUUUUCUUUUGUACCAGUAUACUUCCUAGUCGGUUCUAGUUGAGAUACUGGUCAAGCCUUUAUAUCUCCUUUUCUCUACCUUCAGAGCCACAUGGGUGAGAGCAAGGACAUACUUAGCUAAUCAUUGUAAUAACUUCUUACUCGUAUUUGUAUUUAUAAUCAUAUUGUUUGUUUAUGCUCAACCUUUGCACUAAAAUUUUGGUAUGUUUUGUAUCUGUGUAACUUUAACUUGUUUUAGAUUGAUUAGUCCAAGAACUAAUGUAAUAAUAUCAUGAAAAUGUAAACUUACACUGUUCCAUGAAUACAACUGCUGUUAUCUACAACAUGUUUUAGAGUGACAUAUUUUUUUGAAAGGAUAAGUAAAUAUGUUGGUGCUGAA